AUGUCUUGGAACGGGCCCGUAGGGGGUGCGGCGCCUUUCCAGCAGCAACCAUAUGCAAAUGGCCCACCCCCGUAUGGUCAACAACCGCCCUAUCAGUAUGGACAACAACCAGGACAGCAGCCAAGAUAUGGCCAAUAUCAAUCGGGGGCUUCCUAUCCACCAAAUGGCCCCCCUAAUCGCGCUCCGCAUGUGCAGCCACCAAAGAAGAAGGGUAAUCCAAUAAUCACCCGAUAUCCCCCUCCACCGGGCUAUCGCGGACCAGCGCAGCCUCAGGGUCCAUUCGGUACUAACAAAUUCCCCAACUCAUUCAAGUCGUCGCAUCCAGGGCUUCCGCCAUCGUCGGCACCUUCAAACUAUCCGCAACAAAGUUAUGCAACACCUCCUGCAAACCAAAGCUAUCCUAACCAAAGCUACGGUCAGCAAGCGCACCAAGCACCAGGAUUUCCACCGCCGUACCCUCAAACACAGAACAACUACCAAUGGCCAAAAUCAAGUUAUCCUCCAAGUUCAGGCUAUUCGCAAACUUCAGUUCACCCAACUGCUCAACCUUAUGCUUGUUCUCAUAGCAACUACCAGGGUUACCCAUCACAGCCUGCCACAGUUGACUCUGGUCAUCCGCCCUAUGGCAAAACUGGAGUAUGGUCACAACAAUAUGCGCAAGCACCUUAUCAGUCAAAUCAACAUGGUUCCUUCAGUGGACAAACCCACGGCCAGCCUGUGUUGGAUCCUGAAGCCACACCCACCCCAGCAACCGCCCACCUCACCACUUCACAGCCUCCGCAGCAACCUGUUCAGCCCAGUAGUGUUGUAAGCGAUGGAAGUAUGAGCGACAGGCCCCAGUUGUUCUUGGCAUGGGACGACUGGGAUUUUGACUUCGAUGGCGCGAUCUGGCCCAAGAGCAAUGAGCCCGUCGAUCCUGCUCUCAGCCUUGGAGUCAUCAUCUGGCACCCCGCUAAGCAGGUUACUCGUGCACUGCCCUCUACUUUUGCCGAGGCUGAAGAAGACGCACUGAAGCCCACACCUGAGAAGCUCGACAAUGGGGAUUCGGUGUCCAUGUACUUCACGGCCGAUAAUUCGCAUGAAGCCUUCCUCAACGUAAGGCAGACCGACGAUUGGGAAACUAUCCAAGAUGACCCUGUCUUUGUUGUUUUCACGGAUGAAGAUAUGCAGAACAAUCUAGUCACACUAGAAGACUGUAUCGCGCAGCGGGAUCGCCCUGACGAAUCUGAGGAUAUGACAACGCAUGAUGGAGACAUGGAGAUGCGCGACGCCACAUGGGACAUUAUGGAUAACCUUGAGCAAGCACUUAGUACGACUCACGGAGGUUCAACGUCGAGCGCAUCGAAAAGGGAGGCGGUGUCCCCCUUGCAAGGAAGUCAAGAGGAUAUCCUUGCGAAGUUGGGCGUGACUGGAGCCCCUAAGCCGCCGUCGAAUGAACCGAUACCUGUACCGUACUCUCCAUCUGAAUUACGGCAAUCAGCGCUACCUGCCGAAAAGCCAUCGGCUGCCCCUCCAUCUGCUCAACCGACCCAGCGGGCACAGUCGUAUGGUGGUUAUCGUAACAAUGGACCCAGAUCUGCUCCUCCUCGUCCAUAUGGAUCUAUGUCUGCAGGCACCGGCUCCAAGCCACCCCCUCCCCCACCCGCUCUGGCCGAGCAGCGACAUGAUUCCUGGAAUGCGCCUCAAAGCAAUGACCACAGUUAUGACAACUCCAGAGAAAGCCCUGCGCGCUCUGAGGGAAGCAAUCGGACCAUGGCUGGUUCUGAUUUUGAGCCUGAAAGCCAGUGUAAUGAGUUACAACAAGAUGCGCCUGUUGUGCCAUCCCUAGAUCGAAGCGACAGCUCAUUCUCUAGGAAGAGAAGUUACGAAGAUGCUGAUCAAGAACAUGAGAAGUUGCGCCAGCAAGACGACAACAGCAAGCGGAAGAGGCGUUCCCAGGUCGAUGCCGCUUAUAGGUAA